UUAUGCAAGCAACUCAUUAUGUUAAUUUUGUUCUAUUUUGUGUUGUGAAGUAGAGUGAUUUUUGGUCAUUUGAGGUGGAAUGAAGUUACUGUCUUGUGGACUAACUUCGCAGGGCAGACUACUCUGAAUAUUGUUAACGUCAGACGUCAUGACCGACGCUUUCAGCAGUAACAGCGAGCUGGUCAUUCAGCGCUGUGUGGACGUAAACUCGAUCAAAACAGACCGAUCACCUGGAAGCUGGGAAGAGCUUUACCAAAUCAGCGAGACCUGUCAUUUCAUCAACGCUAACCAGUUCAAGAAGGUUGCCCUGCAAUUUCCUGAUGAACUCCUGGUCGAUUCCAUUCAAAUAUCAGCUGAAAUAGAGAAGAAUUCAAAAGCCAAAACCUACAUCUUAGGUGACACAUCAUAUGGCAGUUGUUGUGUUGACGAAGUUGCUGCCGAGCAUGUCGGAGCAGACAGUAUAGUUCAUUAUGGGAGAACAUGUCUCAGUCCAUCCAAGAGGCUUCCUCUCAUGUAUGUCUUUGGGAGGCGGCCCAUUGACCUUCAGCAGUGCACCCUUGCCUUUAGGGAACUUUAUCCAGACUCCCAGAGUCAUGUGGUCAUCUUGUAUGAUGUCAUCUAUUCACAUGCCAUAGAUGUGUUGGUGCAACUAUUGAAGCAGACACAUCCCAACGUCGUUGCCUCCGCUCUCGUGAUGGAUCACUGUCAGAGUAAUGGACAGACGCAAGGGUCACCCUCGGAAUCAGAUUGCAAUGGCUCAGAACCAGGGGAAGACAGCAAGGUGGUGCAGAAAUUUGGCAGGCAGUUUUGCCUGGAAGAGGGCGUGAGUAUAGGGGACUACUGCAUGUUCUUUGUGGGUCAGGAAGGUGCCACACUCACAAACUUCAUUAUGACGUGGAACCGCAGCCCCUUCAGCUCCUUUGACCCUGAAACGUCAACAGGCCGGGCCGAGUCAGUCAACGUCAACAAAGCCCUCAUGAAGCGCUACUAUGCCAUCGAGCGGGCCAAAGACGCCGGCGUGGUUGGUAUCCUGGUUGGCACGCUAGGGGUGGCAAGUUACCUUGCCAUCAUAGAUAGACUGAAGGAGAGCAUUCGCAGGGCAGGCAAGAAGAGCUACAUGUUUGCUAUGGGCAAGCUGAAUGUUGCCAAGCUGGCCAACUUUAUGGAGAUAGACAUAUACGUGCUGGUGGCCUGCCCUGAGAACUCGUUGCUGGACUCCAGUGAGUUUUACAGGCCUGUGGUCACACCUUUCGAGAUGGAGAUGGCCUGCAACAGCAGCAGGGAGUGGACCGGAGAGUAUGUCACUGACUUCAAAGAUCUGCUACAAGGUGGUUGCAGUUACGUGGAUCUCCCUGAUGCAGACGAGGAGACCGUCGCAGACAUGUCUCUGAUCACGGGGGCCUUGCGAGUCACAGGCCUACAGAGCUCAGAGGAGGCAGAGUCGGUGUGUCAGUCAUCCUCCCUCGUACCCAGGAACCAAAACAUGACCGUAGCCAGUACCAACACAGCAGCCGUGUUCCUGUCGGGCCGGACUUGGCAGGGCCUGGAGCCACGGCUGGGCGAGACUCCGGUGGUCAAGGCCGUGGAGGGACGCAAAGGCAUCGCCAUUGCUUACGAGGAGGAGGGUUAAGACAGUGCCAACUAUUCAUGCUGAACGGAACAAUGCACUGCCAAAAUAUUGGCCCUUUUCACACCCACGACACUCAAGGACAUAUGUAAACCUUGGCAUGCGCACAAAAGUGGUAUUAUGUGCCAGGAACAAAGGCCUGUUUAAAUUAUGCCCACUACUGGACUCCGAAAUUCCAUCCAGAAUCACCAGAUUUUUACUUUUUUCUGUUGCUGUCAAUAUUAAUGUAAAUACCAACCAAAGAAUUACUCCUGAUAAAUUAAUAAACAUUUAUUCACUGA